AAAUACUAGCACCAGGCUUGCCGAUUGUUCUUUUGCUCUUCGUGGCGAUAAAAAGUCUGACAGUUUAUGGGUUCUGUCUAUUACCAACCCAAAUCAUAAUCACGAACUAUCCAAGAGUUCUUUGGCCCAUCCAUCUCUUAGAAGACUAGAUAAGCAAGCUUUAGAGGAGUUAAAUACUAUGUCAAAGGCUGGCAUUCGUCCUCAACAAAUUUUUCUUUGUGAUAUUCACCAUCAAUGGUGGAUUGAAAAGGAACAAAGUUUGAUGGUGGAGAAUUAUCCAUUUGAUCAAGUGCUUAAUGAAUUACGUCAAAAAUAUAAUUCCUUGCUAGCACCGCAACAAGAAAUAGUUCAAGCUAAACUCUUGAAAAUGAUUCAAGAACCUCCACCACUUCUGUUAGAGCCAACCAUUGCACGUACUAGAGGACGACCAACCGGAUCACAAAAUAAUACCUCAUUAUCUACUCGAAGAAUUUCUUCGGCUUUUGAGAAAGAAUUGAAAACAACAGCUAGAAG